AUGCUGAUUCAAAUAUUGCUCUCCGUGAUUGGAUAUGUCCUGGCUGCACAAUCUCACGCCUUUUCCGGUGCGAUGGUCGAUUUUACAGACCCGAAGGUUCAAGGACACUUAGACGCACUGGUUCGUAUGGCACAAUCAUGCGUAAUUAAAGUGAGAGCUUCACCCAAAGAUGUGAGGGCGUACUUCACAAACUCUCCCCCCAUUACACGCUCUGGCCAGUGUUUCGCGGCGUGCAUGUUAGAACAAAGUGACGUGAUAAACCAUGGGAAAGUGAACCGAGAACUUCUAGUUCAUUUAGCUAGUCUUGUCAACGGAAAGAACUCGCGCGUAGUACGAAAACUUCAUAGCAUAUCUAGGCUUUGUCUUGAUAGUAUUGAGGGCAUGUCUGAUAGAUGCCAACUUGCAUCAACGUAUAAUGAUUGCUUGAACGAAAACAUGAUUGAAUUCGCCUUCCCGUUAGAUAUAGCUGAAGAAGCUGUGAGAAAAAUGCCCUUUCAUCUUAUUCAGCCUAAG